UAGCAUUCGGUCACACCGCGUGUAACAUUGCUAGAAGCCAUUGCCAAACUAAACGUAAAUUUGUUAUUAAGCUUGAAUAUAUAUCAAAAUAAAACUAUUUCAAUAUGGCUAAGCAUCAUCCCGAUUUGAUUUUCUGCCGAAAACAGCCUGGCGUAGCUAUUGGCCGGCUUUGCGAAAAGGACGAUGGCAAAUGUGUAAUUUGUGACUCUUAUGUGCGUCCUUGCACCUUGGUGCGGAUCUGUGAUGAAUGCAACUAUGGGUCGUAUCAGGGACGCUGCGUUAUAUGUGGCGGCCCUGGGGUCUCCGAUGCCUACUACUGCAAAUCCUGCACCAUUCAAGAGAAGGAUCGCGAUGGCUGUCCUAAGAUCGUCAAUCUGGGCAGCUCAAAGACAGAUUUGUUCUAUGAGCGUAAGAAAUAUGGAUUCAAACAAAAUUACUAAAGACUGGGGAUGGCAGAAAAAGGUGAAGCAAAGAGAGCGAUAAAUUAAUUGCAACCGAAAAACCCCAUUAUUAGUUCAAAAAUUAAAAUGUUAAAUGAUUAUUGUAUGGAUAAGGUUCGACUAUUUUUACAAAGCAAUUGAUCGCCUCAUCCCUUCUGAAGACUACUCCACAAACAUAAACAUAGCUAUAUAUAUCUAAUAGAUUUGUAUUUUAAUAUAAAGCAUAUACAUAUAAA